AUGCUUGGCCUAGGGUCAAGCUCAUUGACCCUAAAGCUGGAUGCAGUGGACAAUUGCGCCGACGGUGAGCAGUGGGCUGCCAGGGCCGCCUCAUUCCUCAAUCCUCCCAGUGUGGUGGAGUGCGGCACUCACCGCGCAGCCCACUACACGGCAGUUGCGCAUGCAGCCCCAAGAGCCGGCACCACGCAGCUCAACAUGUGCAAAUGCCUCGGUCGCUAUAAAAUUCACCAGCACAAAAGUGGCUACAAGUACCAGCAUCAGCUGGGAACCCAAACAUAUGCCACCCUGGAGGAAGCGAUUGAUGGGAGGGAAGAGGCAGAGGGACUUGUGGAAGGGGCCAGGCUAGGCAACGUGAGCGCUCAUUUGAGUGGACCAGCGCAUCCCCUCCUCAAGGAGUGCUGGCCCUUUCUGGCACACAUCCGAGUCAAGCGCACCCAGACGCAAGUGUGCUUUGUCAUUGUGGAGCAGGUGAUUGGCAGCGUGCCCAUGUCCGCUGUCAGGUUCACGUCCUCUCCUCGUGGUGGCGCAGGCCCACCGCUAGCCCAAGGUCCAGCCAGUGGUGCUGCAAUCCGCAUCAAGGCCAAGGAGCUCAAUGCCUGCUGGGAGAUCAUCGCCCAGCUGGGCUACACAUUGGUCCCUUGCCAUGUGCCUCUUGCACGACCACAGGAAGGAAUGAUGGUGAGGCAAGCGGCAACCCUGCAGUCUUACCUGGAGUCAAUUGGCUGCAAGAGGCUCCAGUACGACCCUAAGCCAGACGGGCACUGUGGCUUCAGAGCAGUGGCGCAAGCCAGCAUGGGCAGUGAGGAUGAGCAGCAAUGGAUACGCCAGCGCUGCCAUUGCAUUGUUCUGGAUCACCCUGCCCUCUGGUCUGGCAUCUGUGCGGAGCUCCUCAAACCUCACAGCUCUGCCACACAGGAGCUGCUCUACGUCAACCCUCCACCACGCGCUCCUGGCAAGUGGGGCUGGUUUGACGCACACCUACACUCUCUGCUUGUGGCGUCGGCCUUUGACUCUGUGGUGGUCACCAUUGUGCCUACGUCCCUGCAGGCUGCCGCUGCACCUCUCCCCGCAGAUCAAGAGGAUGACGAGGUGGUCAUGAUGGGGUUCAAGCGUGCGGAUGUGCCCGUUGGCGCUGACAAGGCUUGGCCUUUCACCGCCUUUGUCACCUGGCUGCUGGUGGUGUGA